UUAUCCUUUUCCUGCCCACGCCGGAGAUUUUUCAGUCUAACAACGAAGCGCCUUCAAUCGAUCGUCGCACAUGGCGAUGGCUAUGACAAUGGCAACGGCACCGACCACGGCCAAUAGAACCGGCUGGUGGAGCAUGGCAUCACUGCGCGCAGCUCUUCCUCCACUCAAAUCAACUUCUGUGAGAGUUCCUUCCCGUGCCACCAAAUGCCAUUCCCUUGCUCGCUCUUACGUGGGUCUCUCUCCGGUGAACCCCCUCAUGUCUCUUGGCUUUUCUGAUCGAACCAGUUUUGGGAGCAAUUUCACCAUUGUUGAUAAUGGUUCUCGAUUUUUUGCCAUGAGACAUGGCAGACGAGUACCAAAGCUCAACAGGCCUCCUGACCAGCGACGGGCACUUAUCCGAGGCCUUACGACUCAGCUCCUCAAACAUGGUAGGAUUAAGACGACCAGGACAAGGGCAAGUGCCAUUAGAAAGUAUGUUGACAAAAUGAUCACCUUAGCGAAGGAUGGUUCUCUUCACAAGAGGAGGCAGGCACUAGGGUUCAUUUAUGAGAAGCAGAUUGUCCAUGCCUUAUUUGCUGAGGUGCCGGACAGGUAUGGGGAUAGAGAUGGUGGAUAUACCAGAAUUAUCAGAACACUUCCAAGGCGAGGAGACAAUGCACCCAUGGCAUACAUUGAACUUGUCUAGGACGUUCUUAACGCUGAUUCUGUGACAUUUCUCAGUAACCGUAUGAACAAUUCCCAGUUUUGAGAUAGAACAAUGGAGAUGAAAAUUGUUUGUCUUAAUUAUAAUUCUUUCCAAUCUCAUGCUUAUGCGAAUGGUGCUUAUUCACUCUAGUUUGAUGAAGUGAUCAAUCAAAUUCUACCCUAAGA